AUGGAAGCGCUGCGCGGAGAGCCCGGGGCAGGCGGCGGGGGCUGCUCGCAGAGCCGAAACUUUCUCUCCCCUCCCAUCUUCGGGUCGUCGCCGUCGGGUUCGACGAGAUCGGGCUUCGUCUACGAGCGCUCUGGCCCGGGGACCGUGGCGCGCUCUACGCCGUCCUCUUCCUCUGAGACGCCGUCCUCGUCUAAGGACUGCACCGCUGGAUUUCCUAUUGCUGCGGGGGCUGCACCACCCUCGGCCACAACGGCCGCCGCCGCCCUGGGCUAUCCUCCAGGUUACCCCCCCUUUGGCCACGGUUACUACAGCUGCCGCAUGGCGCACGGCGUGGGGCUCCAGCAGAACGCCGCGCUGAAAGCGGCACCGCACGCCGCCUUCCCGGUGGAGAAGUACAUGGACGUGGCCGGCCUGGGGGGCGCGACCACGACCUCGGGCGUCGGCAGCGACCCUUCCUCGCGGGCCAAGGAGGUCUCUUUCUACCAGAGCUAUGCGGCGGCCACCGCCGGCCCCUACCAGCACGUGCCCCCCGGCUACCUGGACGUGGUCUCUAGUUUUGGACCGGCGGCUCCUUCGGGGGAACCCCGGCACGAUACCUACAUCUCCAUGGAGGGCUACCAGUCCUGGACUUUGGCUAACGGCUGGAACGGACAGGUGUACUGCUCUAAGGACCAGGCCCCGGGCUCCCACUUCUGGAAGUCUUCCUUCCCAGGGGAAGUUGCACUAAACCAGCCAGACCUGUGCGUGUACCGGCGUGGGCGGAAGAAGCGGGUGCCUUACACCAAGCUGCAGCUGAAGGAGCUGGAGAGCGAAUACGCCCUGAAUAAAUUCAUUAACAAGGACAAGCGGAGGCGGAUUUCGGCGGCCACCAACCUCUCCGAAAGGCAGGUCACCAUCUGGUUCCAGAACCGCAGAGUCAAAGACAAGAAGAUCGUCUCCAAGCUGAAGGACACCGUGACUUGA